AUGACGAUCCUGGCGCUCAAGGAGGACAGGCCGACGCCAAAGGCCGUCUACAACUGGCGCGUCUAUGCCUGCGCCGCUGUCGCCUCCUUUGCCUCGUGCAUGAUCGGGUACGACUCCGCCUUCAUCGGCACCACGCUUGCCCUCCCGUCCUUCACCAACGAGUUCGACUUUGCCUCGUACGAUCCCGACGACCUCGCCCUGCUCCAGGCCAAUAUUGUCUCCGUGUACCAGGCAGGUGCCUUCUUCGGCAGCCUCUUUGCGUAUGCCACGAGCCACUUCCUCGGCAGACGCAAGUCUUUGUUCGUCUUUUCCGCCACCUUCAUCCUCGGCGCCGGCCUUAUGCUCGGUGCCAACGGGGAGAGGGGGCUGGGCCUCAUCCUGGCCGGUCGUGUCCUCGCCGGCCUCGGUGUGGGCGGCGCGUCCAACAUGGUGCCUAUCUACAUCUCCGAGCUCUCACCGCCGGCCGUCCGCGGUCGGCUCGUCGGCAUCUACGAGCUUGGUUGGCAGAUCGGCGGCCUAGUCGGGUUCUGGAUCAAUUACGGCGUCAACACCACCCUGGCCCCGACCCGGUCGCAAUGGCUUAUCCCGUUCGCCGUUCAGCUGAUCCCCGGGGGUCUUCUGUUCCUCGGCAUCUUCUGGAUCAAGGAGUCCCCGAGGUGGCUCUUUGCCAACGGCCGGCGAGAAGAGGCCAUGAGGGUUCUUUGCUGGAUCCGGAACCUCGAGCCCACCGACAGAUACAUCCUGGAGGAGGUCCAAUACAUCGAUCAAGACAUCGAGAGGUUCGAGCGGGAGGUCGGCAAGGGUUUCUGGAAGCCCUUCCUCGCGCUCAAGCAAGCCAAGGUGCGAUGGCGCUUCUUCCUCGGCGGCAUGCUCUUCCUGCUUCAGAACGGCAGCGGGAUCAACGCCAUCAACUACUACAGCCCUACCGUCUUCCGCAGCAUCGGUAUCACCGGCACGAACACGGGGUUCUUGACGACGGGCCUCUUCGGUGUUGUCAAGACUGUUUUGACCUUCUUUUGGCUUCUCUGGCUGGUGGACCGUGUGGGACGUCGCCGGAUGCUCUUCGUCGGCGCCGCGGGCGGCUCGCUGUGCAUGUGGUUCAUCGGCGCCUACAUCAAGAUUGCCGACCCUUCGUCGAAGCCGAGCGGAAGCAUGUCCGGGGCCGGCGUCGCCGCCAUCUUCUUCUUCUAUCUCUGGACCGCGUUCUACACCCCGUCCUGGAACGGGACGCCGUGGGUGGUCAACGCGGAGAUGUUCGACCAGAACACGCGCUCGCUGGGCCAGGCGUCUGCCUCGGCCAACAACUGGUUCUGGAACUUCAUCAUCUCGCGCUUCACGCCGCAGAUGUUCCUCAAGAUGAAGUACGGCGUCUACUUCUUCUUCGCGUCCCUGAUGCUCCUCUCCAUCGUCUUUGUCUACUUCUGGGUCCCGGAGACCAAGUCGAUCCCGCUCGAGUCCAUGGACCGCCUGUUCGAGAUCAAGCCGGUGGCGAAGGCAAACAGCAUCCUCAUGGAGGAGCUCGUGCUCCAGGAUGCCGGCGCAGACGAGGACGAGAAGGCGAAACAUAGCCACUUGGAAAGGCCGGAGAGCGCGUAG